AUGGAAGAACAUACAGAAACCCCAGAUAACUCCACUAUGGAAUCGUUAGAAUCCCGUUUGGAAUGUUUGGGGAUCGAACCAUAUCGUCAUGAGGGAUCGUCGUCGUAUAUCGAAAACCAUUAUGAAUCUACUGGUCUAGUGGAGACUGAUCUUGAAAAGCCUCAACCAAUAUCUCCUCUAGCACAAGAGUCUUGUGAUUUGAUGGAUGAAUUCUCUACUGAUGAGGUAUUUGCGAGUCGUGAAGAGGUUAUUAAAUGGUGUCACGACAAGGAAACAGAGACAAAAACAGUAGUUAUUAUUAGGAAGUCCAAGAAAAAAUCAAAAAUACAGGGCUCUUUCAUUGUAAUGGCGUGUGAAAGAUUUGGGGAGUAUAAAAGUGUUAACAGAAGUGUUGAAAAAAGUAGGUUAAAUCCUGCUGAAAAAGAUUUGUGCAUUUCUUUUUCCGUUGGUGGAGUGAAGCCCGCUUUAAUUCUAUCUACGCUAAAGAGACAAAAUAAGAAAAAUGUUUCAACAGCACGAAUAGUAUACAAUGCCAAGUCCAAAUUCAGGACGAAAGUAAUGGAAGGGCGAACAAAGAUGCAAAAAUUGUUGCAAUUGUUAGACGAACAUCAUUAUGUGACAUCUAACCGGAGAGAAGACAGCUCGGGAAGAGUUUUGGAGUUGUUUUGGUCACAUCUAGAUGGUUCAAGGCUUGCACAAUGUUUCCCCACGAUUCUGUUACUAGAUUGUACUUACAAAACGAAUCGAUGGGGUAUGCCGUUGUUUCAUGCUGUGGGUGUGACAUCUACCACACAAAGCUUCACUAUUGCGUAUUGCUUUAUGUCUUCGGAGAAGACGGAGAAUUAUAUUUGGGCUCUAGAGCGGUUAAGGAAGUUGUACUCUCCUAAUCAUCUUCCAUCGGUGGUUGUCACAGAUGAUGAUAUACGACUACAGAAUGCUUUGAUUAGUGUGGAACUAACUAAUAUGGGUGAAAGUCGUUUUGGGGGAAAUGCUUGUGUGUCAUCCGGAAAACUCAUGGGUUACCAUGUGUGGCAGAAAUUUUCGUCUGGGAAGAUCAGAAUGAAAUAUGAAGCUUGCACAGAGUUGCAAAAGCAUUUUAUGUUGGAAAUGCUGAUAGAGAUUGCAGAUCCGGGUAAAACAAAUAUGCAAGAACCUAAAGAAAAAUUUGCAAGCAGGGGUCGUCCAACUAUUGCACAAACAGAAGCACAAAAGAAGAGAGAUGCAUCUACAAAGAGGGAUCUUUCUGAUUGGGAAAGACCAUCUACCGGAAAGGCUUCUGCAGCAGCAUCAAAGAAAGUGCAGCCACGAAAGAAGGCAAUGAAAUCUCAUGUAGUGGGUGAUGAGUUCAAUAGUAUUGACUUGCCGGAUCUGAAUGCACCACCAGAUUUGAACGAAGUAGCAGAAAAUGGUGUUCUUCCCAGUAAAACAAUGUCGAAAAGGAAGAAAGCACAAUGUACAAACGAGCCUAAACAAAGAAGGAAGUAUACGAAAAAGAUCAAGACAAACAGUCCGGAUAUAUCGUAUGACGACGAGUACUUGCAACAUAUGGUUAGAGGAAUAAAUCUUUAUAAUCCAAAGAUUCUGACUGAUGUUGUGGAGAGGCUGGAAAAUGUUGCACCUGAUGGGCAUUGUGGAUUUCGAGCUUGUGCCGAAAUGUUGGGGUUGAGUGCUGAUGAUGGAUGGAAGACUGUCAAGAUAGAAAUGGAGCGAGAACUGACCAUGUACCCAGACAUGUACGUACCUAUAAUUGAUGGAAUGACGGAAUACAACAGUACUGGAUGGUUUUUGCCCGACAUGGGAUAUAUUUUUGCCUCUGCAUUCAAAUGUAUUUUCUCAUCGUAUUCGAAUAUGGGAUGCGCAACAUGGUUACCGUUGAGGACCCAACCUCCAGAAGAUUUCAAGGUUGUGACGAUUUUCAAUCUCGACAACGAACACUUCGUUAAGGCAAUAUUGAAACCGGGUGCUUCCUUACCACAUGUUCUCAACGGAUGGAAUUCUAUAUGCACCGAGGAGGCUCUAUUGUGGACUCCACACAUGGAAAUGCUGCAUCGAGGAUGGGAAAAUAUCGAGCAAAAACAACCUGGGCAAGGUUUGCAUGUUAUAGAGGACAUAGACCUCGACGAGAAUUUGCAGGUUAUAGAGGACAUAGACCUCGAUGAGCCUUUAAUAUUAAGUUUUUAUAUCGUAAACUUGUGUCACGUUUAUAAUACAUCUAAUCUGAGUUUAAGUGUAGAUGAUGCUGAAAAGGAAACAGUCGAGGUACUCGCGGCAGAGGAAAUAGAGGUCGGGGGACUCGGUCGAGGCACUCAUGGAAAUGCCCGUCAAAUGAGUAAUAGUGCUUCUACUUUUUCUCCUCUUGGCAUGUACAUGCCUGUUCCUGCCGGAGCACAAUAUAUCAACCCUCAUUGUCCAAAUAUGAGGACAACCGACAACAUAUACGUUCAUUACGAGAUUAGAGAACCAGAUUCCUUCCUAGAACAAUUAAUGGCGCAGACCCCUGGAAUAGCACCAUGGCAGUACUAUGGAGGAAUUAAUAAUAUUGGAGCAGCCUGUAAUAGCACCAUGCUAAACUAUGGAGGAAUUAAUAAUUUUUGA